ACGCGCAAGCUUUGGCGCUCAGAAAUCGUGAUUUCGGACUCAGGGGCUCGACCAACAGCAGCGCCUGCUGAUUUGUACUCGCUGGGACGAGACACCGAACGACGAACGAGCGCAGGACUUACGUUUCGCUGGCGCCAGCAGUGAGCUCGCUCGCUGCGUGGGAAGUCCUGGGAAAUCCAGGACGAACUGCAAUCUUGCCCUUUCCGAAGGGUAGACAGAGACCUCAGUCAUCAGUCGGUUGUGCUGCUCGUACUUGUCGUGGAAUUUGCUUGACGGGAUCGAUUGUGGUGGCUGAGUGGAAGGGAUGCCUCGACCUUGUCGUCCUAGCGCAUGAUUAGGUUUGGCAACAGAGGUGGAAGAGCGAAUGCGGAGUUAUGUGAGUGUUUGAGGGUGAGGGUGAGGCGGGAGGGAGAGGAGGAGAGCGACAAUGAUGGACAUUUCAGGUGACGGGAAAAUGUUGGAUGCGGCUCAGCUGCAGAGAGUUACAGAAGCGUGGAUUGCGUUCUCGGAAAUGUCUGACUCUUUGUUGCAGUCCGGUGGAGGGAUGGCCCUACUGUGGUCGGAGUUGGAGAAGGCCGAGUGGGCCAACAGUGUGCAAAAUCUUGGGAAUCAAGGUUUGGCACAUUUGGUUGCUGGCCACUUCCUCGACGCUCUUGAGAGAAGUUUCAAGCAAGAAGUCCUGCCAAAGUUCUUGCAGCAUUUUGAGGAAUUUCCCAAACUCAAAAGCGUGUCCAAGCGCAAUAUUGCCGGCACCAACAAGCGUGUGGUGGUUAAUGGCAAUGAGGAAAAACUUCUGCGGCCAGUUUAUCUGAAACUCAGUGUGGCAGAGGAGUAAUUGACCUCUGACCGUUGAUGCAGCUCCAUAACUGGGUUGAAACAACACUCCCCCGAGCAUUGGCCGAGAUUUGUGCUGCGAAAUCUUCUCAGGAGGACUGUUUAUCUGUGCUUGCACAUGUCUUCAAUUUUGACUUCCGGGGCACUGGUGCAGGAGUUAGGGAUGGCAAUAUGAAAAUCACGACGAAUUCGGGCGUUGCCUUAUUUUCACAGUAUCAGACUAGUGUUAACGCCAUGCUUUUGACGAGUGCCCCGAAGUAUAUUUCAGAGGUGAUGAAUUUGUACUGUAAAGCUCGUUUGGAGGAGUUCAGUAAUCUAGUAAAGAAGCAGCGUUCCAAUCGGAGCCCUCACGGAGUCGGUGACAGUGAUGACGAUGAAGACGGUGGGAAUAGUACAUGUAAUCAGAGUGGAGAAGAUGAUGACAUGGAGAGUGUCCCGGGCAGUAGCCGAACAUCAAUGUAUGUAGAGGAUAUGGAUGUUAGUGGGAGCGGAAGUCUUUAUGGGAAAAGAGCUGUGGCCGAUGAAGAUGCUGACCAUCAAAUGGAGGGAAUUGAAAUUUCAGAAGCCAGUGAUUUGAAACUAGGAGCGGGGACGGCCUUGAAUGAGGUUGUGGAAAUUGUGGGCGAAGACUGGGUUACAGAAGUUGGCAAUGUUGUGAGGCAUCUUAGAGAGCUGGGCUUUGCAUCUAUGAGUGAAGAGGGAUACGCUUCUGCUAUAUACUCUCUUCUUAAAGUGAAAAUCCAUGCUGUAGCUACAAAACGUUACGAAAAGCCUGUUCUGCGACCUGUUAGCCGUUGGAUCGAGGCUGUUCCUCUUCGCUUCCUUUCUGUUAUCCUUGCCUUCUCUGGUUCUGGUACUAGUGGCGGAAUGACUACCUCACCUACCGUUUUAACGGCUCAUAGAACCGAUGAAAUUUUGAAUGAGGGUAUACUCAGAUGGCGCUCCCGGCUGCAAUCUUUUGCCAACGAGACCCUCGGGGAUCUUAGAGUAAGCGAGCUCUUUGACAUCAUUGUGGAUUUUCCUGAAAGUUUGGCAGCAGUUGAGGAUCUCAAGCAGUGUCUAGCCAACACAGGAGACCAUGCUAAGCUGGUUGACUCAUUUCGGGACGCAUUGAAGCAGCGAUUGCUCACCGCAGGAGCUGCUACAACCGAUAUCUUGCUGCAGUACAUAUCUACUAUCAAAGCUUUGCGCACUUUGGAUCCAACGGGUGUAGUUUUGGAGGCUGUUGGAGAACCAAUUAAGGAGUAUCUUCGGGGUAGAAAAGACACAAUACGGUGUAUCGUGACUAUGCUUACGGAUGAUGCGGGCCCCGGUGGGUCUGGUGGACUCAGUGGUGUUGGGGAGAGUUUGCUUGAGGAGCUCAGCAGAGGGGCUUCUUCCUUAGAGAACGCCGAUAGUGAAGAUGAUGCAGAUGUUGAUGGGGAUGAGGCAUGGGCUGCUGCCGAGCGCUGGGAGCCCGAUCCCGUUGACGCUGAUCCGUCACGAACCAGCAAGAGCAGGAGACUUAUGGACAUCAUAGGCAUUCUGGUUGGCAUUUAUGGGUCCAAGGAGUUGUUUGUGAACGAGUAUCGUGUCAUGCUAGCGGAGAAACUGCUGAAUAAGUCUGAUUAUGACACUGACCGGAACAUACGAACACUGGAGCUGCUGAAAUUAAGGUUUGGAGAGAGCAAUAUGCAUAGUUGUGAAAUAAUGUUGAAGGAUGUUGCCGACUCCAAGAGGAUAAAUGCAAAUAUCAAGGCCUCUAAGUCAAGCAACGACCCAUUAGUUUCUCAAAUACGCUCCUCUCGCUUGCCUGCUCCAACAAGCCAAGAAGGUGGGGAAGGAUAUAUGGCCAAUGGUAAGAUUGAACAAGAAUUGACCUUGGACGUUGUCGAUUCCACGAUCAUUUCAUCACUCUUCUGGCCUCCUUUCCAGACUGAGACGAUAAAAAUACCAGAAGCGAUGGAGCAUGUUCUUGAUGAAUAUGCGCAACGUUAUCAUGCUCUUAAAGCCCCGAGGCAGCUUCAGUGGAAGAAGCACCUUGGAACUGUGAAGUUAGAGCUGCAGUUCGAGGACCGAUCUAGUCAAUUUGUGGUGUCGCCCCUACAUGCGUCCAUUAUUAUGCAAUUUGAGUCUCAAUCAAGGUGGCUAGCCUCCGACCUCGCGUUGGCUGUGGGUGUUCCAUUAGUAAGCCUGCGUCGGCGCAUAAUGCUGUGGGUAAACCAGGGUGUCCUAGUGGAGUCACCUGGACCUAGAGAUGGAGAGUGGUCGUACACUAUCGUCGAGAAUAUCGGUGAAGUGGGAAACAGAACUGCAGGUCCCUCAGCAGCAGGGGAUGCAGCGUUGCCACUCUUAGGAGAAGAAGAUGGCGAAAGUGCUGUGGCCUCGAUGGAAGAUCAGUGGCAGCAAGAGAUGAGUGUUUUUGAGUCUUACGUGGUUGGAAUGCUGACGAACUUCGAGUCUUUGCCUCUUGAUCGGAUACACAACAUGCUUAAAAUGUUUGUGUCAGACCCACCUUAUGAUAAGUCCCUGCCUCAGCUCCAAGGAUUUCUUGCCCGACUUGUUUCAGAGGAGAAGCUCGAAUUUAGAGAGGGUUCCUAUAGGCGAAGACAGUAGUUGGCGCAUUCACAUUUAUGAGAUGUCGUAUCAGCUUAACGAAACGGAAUUUUUGUAAGGCUCCAUUCAGUUACUGGUAAUUUUAACUACUGCUGAAGCAGUUGCACACUGAA